AUGGCUGACUCCACAUUUGUCGAGGCCAGUCCUCAGGAUCUGACUGAUGAUCAGAUUCAACAACUGCUCCUUGAAGCAGAGACCAGACUGCGAGGUCCUAAUGCAGUGGCUCCAGUCGACGACCUUGCAUCCAUCCGGAUUCCCAAACUCUCAACGGGCUCUUCAUUAGAGGCAUACGUCCAACAGGGAGACGAUGCAGCUACCGUCAAUGCCACCAAGAUUGCCGAUCCCACACAGAAGAAGUUGGCCAACUCUCUUCACGCCGUUGGGAAGAAGGAAAACAAAGAAAAACCCAAUGCCGGACCUGCAUGGUUCAACCUCCCCAAGACUGAAAUGACCGCAGAGCUCAAGAGAGAUCUUCAGCUCAUCCGCAUGCGUUCUGUGCUUGAUCCUCAUCGACACUACAAGAAGGACAACGGCAAGGCCAACCCCCCUGAGUACUCUCAGGUGGGAACCAUCAUUCAAGGCCCCACUGAAUUCUUCAGCAACCGUAUCACCAAGAAGGACCGCAAGAAGAACUUUGUCGAAGAGACACUGGCUCUGGAGCGUGGUACCAAACGUUUCGAGAAGAAAUACCGGGACAUUCAGACUGCCAAAACCAGUGGAAAGAAGUCUUUCUACAAGGACCUGCAGGCCAAGAGACGUCGCAACAACAAGUGA